GAGUGAGCAACAAAAUUUUUGCAAGUGGAAUUCCGCCGUCGAACGUGACAUUUAAUCGAUGUAGGCAUUAAAAUAUAAUUCAAUCGCAUUGAAUAGUGUAUUAAAAAAUUCUAACGUAAAAUUUUACCCUAAAAAGAAGUGAUCGUAGAUAUUACAAAGAAAAAUUUGUGGUAGACAUUUCGCCUACGAAAAUCUGGAAAUUGCUUUCGUCUAAAUGCACAUUACAUUGCAAGUAAUCACGGGCAACACAUUUUAAUUAUAUUAAUGUACAAUAGUGAAGAAAAUCGAUUUUUCGUGUGUGAUCAAAAAAAAAAUUGGGGCACCUAAAUACAAUACGGUUCAGUUCAGUUCAAAUCACUUCGGCAUUUAUAAGGUGGUAGAGAAGCUGAAACAAGUGUUACAAACAACCAUAAGGUUAUAUAAAAAAUACAAUACUCUCUGGCAAAGUGCUGAGAGUAUAAAAGUGCAAAGAAAAUAUAAAUAAAGCGCAAAAGUAAAAAAAAAACGUGAAUAAACAACAUAACAGUAAACACAAAUAAUUAGCAAGGAAGAAUAAUACAUUAAUGACGAAAGCUUGUGGAACUGCUUAAAAUAAAGAAUUGAAGUAUUUUUUACGUAGAGCUCUUUAAGCAGCAAACUAAACAUACAUAAAUAAAUUCUAUUAAAGGAAUGAUCAACUGUAUGAACUGAAGAUUAACUCAACCAGCGUCCUGUAGCAUUAUUGGAUUAUGCUUUUUGAAGAUCUAACAUAAGUUUGAAAAUAUCAUAAUGUUGCAUUUUUCUACACGUCGCCGUGGAGUAUUUCUAUCUCCAUAAACAUUUAAUGUAAAAAAAAAAUUUACAAAAACAAUUUGAAGUUGAAAAACGAAAAUCGAAAAAAUUCAGCAAAACUAAACUAAAAUUCGAGUAACAGAGUUCGCAAAUACUUCUAGUCAAAUUGAAAAAUAACACAAAUUAACGAAGAUCUAACAAAGUUCAAACAUAAAGCACCGUGUAAAGUGCGUACAGCAAAGAAGCAGGGGCAUAGUGUGGGAGAAAGAUAGAGUGGCAAUUGAGAUUCUGCGUGGAGCAAAUAAGUGCAAACUAUAUUAAUAAUAUAGUUGUUGUAAAAAUUAAAAAUAUUUAUAUUCGUGGGCAAAUUUUCUAAGCGUGUAUUUAGAAAAAAAUGCCUUACAAUCGUGACGCGUCUUCAGCUCAGGCUGAUAAAUUGAGCGGCAUCGAGGAGGAGAGCGACUUGUACGAGGGAUUCUCACCACACGUCGACACAGCAGAGAUAAAAAGCUUGGAUUUCUACAAUCAAAAGCCCUCGACUGGCAAAGAGCCAGCCUUGCGUUCGUUCACUGAAAUCCAACAGCUGCUCCAGCAGGGCAAGAAGCGUGAUGUGAAGAGUAUUCUACGUGAGAAUUCAUGGCCUAUUAAUUCGCCCAUUCGUGCACAAUUGUGGCCAGCACUAUGCGCUCAACAUCAGACGAAGCAGAAUAUGUUGGAUGGUUUCUAUUGGGACAUGGUGCAUCAGGUCUUUGGCACAACGGAGCUCUCUGAAAAACCCAUAAUGUUACCCGCCUUCGUCGAUCCCGCUCACUGUCUAACCUACCAUCUUACACGCACUGGGCGUUCGGUAGCCGAUCGCAUCGUGAAUGUAUUGGGCUAUGAUUGCCCCGAUAUUACAUACAGUCCAGUAUUGUAUCCGAUUACAUCGAUUCUGUUGCAUUUCAUGUCGGAGGAGGAAGCGUAUCAUUGUUUAGCAGCGCUUGUCGGCAGCAAGGAGAAAGUCUUUAUAAAGCAAACCAAAUUACAGCAUGAAGUCACCUGGAAAACUGUGAUGCAAAUUGCCAAAAAGCAUAGCAAAAAUGCCGUGACCUAUUUUCAACGCAUCUGCCCUGGUGUUAAGCUGGAACGCGUCUUCAUGGAUUGGUGCUGGUGGAUAUUAGCAGGUCUACCAUUUCAGCAUCUAGUACGCAUUAUGGAUUGUUACUUCCACGAGGGUAUUAAGGUGCUGUAUCGUGUGGCGCUCGUGAUAAUCAAUCUCUUCCACAAAGAGUGUCAAUCCAACAACGAAUGGAGUCCAGAUAAUAUUAAGAAUGACAUUGGUAAUGCGUUAAUUAAAUUCUGCAAGAAGAUACCAGUGUCACCAACGAAAUUAUUGCAUGCCGCAUUUAGUAUUAGGGGACUGAGUUCCACAUAUAUUUCUAGAAUAUUUAUGAAGACUGAAAUGAUACUAAAGAGCCGUUCCGUUUUGAAUAGCGGUUCAAAGCAAUUAGUUAAGUCGAGAUCCAGUGAUAAUUUACCAUCGAGUCAAUCACAAGUCAAUAUACAAAUGAUGUCGCACACAUUGACCAUACGUGAGCGAUUGUACACCGAGACCUGUCGCAAUUUGGGCGAAAAAUCGCCUGGCCAUAGAGCAGUUGCUAUGGGUGUUUACCCCAUACACAAUCUAAAGAGUCUAGUUUGCUCCGGUGAAGAUCUCUUUACACUCUGGUCAUGGCUGCCCGUCAGAAUAACAAUGUAUCAGCCGGUACUGCUUUACACCACAGAGGAACACGGUUGCUCGCUGACCACCUUCUAUGUGCGCGUCGAGCAGCACGAGCCCACGCUCAUGAUGAUCAAAACGUGCAAUAAUGAGGUCUUUGGCGCCUACUGCUCAACUCGUUGGUUCGAACGCAAUGUCAAAGAUGACAAAGGCCAGCGUCAGGCCUACUUUGGCACUGGCGAGACCUUCCUCUUCUCACUCUAUCCGGAGCGCGCCAAGUACCCGUGGGUCGGUAUUGAGAAUGAGAAGGAUUUGGGACAUGCGUCGGAGCUAUUCAUGGCAGCCGAUUCGAAAAUGAUAACCAUCGGUGGCGGUGAAGGCCAAGCCAUUUGGAUGGACGAGAACAUACGAUUUGGCAAAACGGACAGUUGCAAGACCUUCAACAAUCCGCCGCUCUGUCCCUCUGGUGAUUUUGAAAUACGUGUACUAGAAGUGUACGGCUUUGAUGGCAUCUAAGUAGUGUAUGUACGUACAGAACACAUGCAACAAACACACACACACAGACACUGAACCAAAAAAUAAUCGUACACACCUAGCCGCAAACCCGCAAUGUAUGUGCCACUUUUGUUGCAAAGUAUUUGUUGCUCGCAAUGGCUCAAUCCACCAGGCGUUAUAAAGCGAUUACUCUAUGUUUUUGUAAUUUUGUUCUUGAAAGACAAUGAGAGGCCGCUGAUCGGUUCUUUUUGAAUGUUGUUUAGCAAAAAAAAAACAAAAAGGGGGAAAGGAAAAAGAAAACAGAACGAAAUAUUGUAAGCAGCAGGCAGCACGAAGCACGAUGUGUGUUCGAUUCGCCUACAAUUCAAUGCAGAGAAAAUUUUAAAUCUAAAACGAAAAUAUUUCAUGCGAAAUUGCCCGCCGAGAAUGUCUUCUUUUGCGUGAUGAGGAUGAUGCUGAUGAUGAUGAUGGCGUUGCUGCUUCGGUUGAUGUUGCUAAUCAGCUGUUUUGUGGAGCAGCAUAGGUAGAGUGAGUUGUUCAAGGCGCAGUAUUUUACGUAUACAUAUAUUAUUACAUAUACCUAUACAUAUAACUUAUACAUUAAACAAGUAAUUCUCGUGGCUGGAUUGCCAACGCGCUAUUUGAUGAGUGUUAGUAGUAAACAGAAAUUAAUAAUAAUACAUAUAUACAUAUAUAUACCUAUAUAGUUGUAGUAACAAUAGCUGAUAUACAAAUAUAUAAUAUAUGUUGUUGUAAAGCGAAGCAGCAAAACAAAGAAAUACUCGGUGAAUGAAAUCAAUGCAAGCAGUAAACCACUUUUAUUAUAAAAAAGUAAAAAUAAAUGAAUAAGAAAUGAGUA